AUGACUUACAUGACGCUGGUGCAACGCAUAGAGUUAGAGCGUGGGAAACGUGAACCAGGAGAAAUAACGGAGCUGAACUUGGACAACUCCAAAUCAGUGGACAUCGAGGGUCUGACGGAUGAAUAUUCAUCAUUAGAAGUUCUGAGCAUGAUGAAUGUUGGACUUCAAAACUUGACAGGUCUGCCGUGCCUCACAAGUCUGAAAACUCUUGAGCUUUCCAAUAAUUUGAUAUCUGGUGGUCUUGACGCUCUUCUCAAGUGUCCUAAUAUUGAACAGCUUAAUUUAAACAGCAAUAAGAUCGAGUCAAUGGAGGCGCUGAUGCCGCUUGCUAAACUAUCCGAACUGCGAAGCUUGGAUCUUGGUAAUUGCCCUGUCACGACAACUGAGAAUUAUCGCAAAAAAACAUUCGCGAUGAUCCCAUCUUUAAAGUAUCUGGAUGGUCUGGAUGAAAAUAAUGAAGAAGAGGUUUUUGCUGGUGAAUUCGUAAAUGGUGGUUCUGAGGAAGAUGGUGUCGAUGAGGCUGAUGAGGAUGACGAAGAAUCGGAUGAAGAUGAUGAGGGUGAAGACGACGAAAUUGGUAUUGAAGCCCUUCAACAAAGUGGCGAGUUGGAAGACGAUGAAGAGGAUUAUGCUCCAGGUGAGGAUGAGGAGGCUGAGUUGGAUGAGUAUGACGACGUCGAUGAAGAGGAUGAGGACGAUGUUGAAGAAGACAAUGGAGCAAAUCUUUCUGCUGCUAACGUGUCAGGUCCCCGACGUCCGGGUUGCAAACGGCGCCAUGAGGAUGACCAGGGGGCCGAAAAUGGCAAUAAUGGUGAGCAUUGUGGAACUAAGCACAAGCAUACUGAAGAAUCUGCCGAAACUCAUGUCGAGAAUGGAUCUACUGUUGACCAGUAA